AUGACCGAGGAAGAUAAAGCCUCCAACCAAGGAAACAAUACCAAGCCAGUUUUUGGUGCUACUGGCCGUAAAAUCAUUUACGAUAAAGAUGGUAAACCAUGUCGUACAUGUAACUCGCUUUUAGACUUUCAAAUGGCAACUCAUGGUGGCUCAGUAGCAGCAACACCUAAGACGAAAAAGCCAUCUAAGGAAGCUUCUGCAUCUGCUACUUCAAAACCUUGCCCUCCAGACGUUGAAGAAAUAGGUAAAUCUUCAUGGACUUUACUUCAUUCCAUUGCCGCCACAUAUCCAGAAAAGCCAUCGAACAAAGAACAAGCUGAUUUGAAACAAUUUAUGAAGUUGUUUGGUAAUUUCUAUCCUUGUUGGUAUUGCAGAGAUGAUUUUGUUGAAUAUUCUAAGAAAUCUGAACCUAAGGUAGAAACCCAGGACUCUUUUGGUAAAUGGCUUUGUGAUGCGCAUAACGAGGUUAACGUUAAGCUAGGAAAGGAAAAAUUCGAUUGUAAUUUGUGGAAACAGAGAUGGAAAGAUGGAUGGAAAGAUGGAAGCUGCGAUUAG